AUGGCUAUCCCUGUUGACUCUAAGAACGUCCGGGCAGUUGAACUUUACUGCUGGCUGCCCGUAGCCCGCCGAUUGGACGUCUGGCCGUUCGCCGUCGUGUACGCCGUGUGGCUGGCGCUGCUGGUAACCCGACUUCGCCUGGAUUUCGUGGAGAUGGCGAUCGUCACGGGCGCGCUGGUUUCGCUGAACAUCCUGACGGCGCUCUUCACGGUGUGGUCCGUGGACUUUCGGUGCUUCGCGCACGCGCGACAGGUAGCAUCAGUGCACGAGGCAGAGGUCUGCAAGGUCAUUCCGUCCAAGUUCGGAGGCUCCAAGGAAGUCGUACCCCUCACCAAGCGCAAGCAUUUGCCAGCCGAAAAGCACCUUCUCGGAGCGGGGGGUGCUGCUGCUGCUGCUGCUGCUGCUGCUGCUGCUGGUGCUGCUUCUUUGAAGAAAGAGGACAAGUACAAGGGAGGAGAGACGGACAAGGGAGAGAAGAGCAAGUCGGAUAAGCAAGAGCCGGAGGGAGAGCGGAAAGACGGCGAGAGAAAGGCCGAAAGAGAGAAGGAGAAGAAGGCGAAAAGCAGGGAGGAGCACAAGCAGAGACAGGAGGGGGGAGCGUACGAGGGGGAGGAGGAGGAGGAGGUGCGGAUGUGCUACCGGCGGCAGCAGUUUGUGUUUGACGAGGGGGAGAGGGUGUUCAAGAAGCUAAGGUUCCCCUCCAAGGAGACGUUUGGGGCGUACGUGCAGUGGAAGGGGUAUGGCACGCCGGCUAAGGUGGAUGCUGCUCGCCACCGAUGGGGCCGCAACGCGUUUGAGUUCCCAGCUCCCACCUUCCUCGCCCUCUUCCAAGAGCAGUGCUCUGAGCCCUUCUUUGUCUUCCAGGUGUUCUGUGUGGCGCUGUGGUGCAUGGAUGAGUACUGGUACUACUCCAUCUUCACGCUCUUCAUGCUGCUCGUCUUCGAGUCCACCGUCGUUGCCAGUCGCCUGCGCACGCUCAGUGAGCUGCGCCGCGUGCGCGUGGACACACAGGGCAUCCUGGUUCACCGCGAGGGCAAGUGGGUCACCCUAACAGGACCUGAUCUUGUCCCUGGAGACAUUGUCUCUAUCGGUCGCUCUGCUGCUGCUCACACUGCAGCGGGGAAGGGAAAAGCAGGGGGAGCGGGAGCAGCAGGGGCGGGAGCGGCGGUGGAGGAUCGUACAGUGCCCGCUGAUCUGCUGCUGCUGGCGGGGACUGUGAUUGCCAAUGAGGCGAUUCUCACCGGGGAGAGCACACCGCAGUGGAAGACGCCAGCGUCAACGCGCGAGGGCAGUGAGCGGGUGUCGGUACGGCGGGACAAGGCACACGUGCUGUUCUCAGGGACCAAGAUCCUGCAGCACACACCCGACAAGGCAGCAGCGAUCAGAGCACCGGACGGGGGCUGUGUGGCGGUGGUGCUGCGAACGGGCUUUGACACGAGCCAGGGCAAGCUCAUGCGCACCAUCCUCUUCUCCACCGACCGGGUGACGGCCAACAGUGCAGAGAGUGGCUUCUUCAUCCUCUUCCUCGUUGUCUUCGCCAUCGUUGCCGCCGGCUAUGUUCUCUACAAGGGUCUAGAGGACCCACACCGCAGUCGCUACAAGCUCUUCCUCAACUGCUCGCUCAUCAUCACGUCGGUCAUCCCACCCGAGCUGCCCAUGGAGCUGUCCAUCGCCGUCAACACCUCCCUCAUCGCCCUCGUCCGCCACGGCAUCUACUGCACCGAGCCCUUCAGAAUCCCGUUUGCCGGCAAGGUGGACAUCUGUUGUUUCGACAAGACCGGCACCCUCACUUCAGAUGACAUGGAGUUCCGCGGAGUGGUGGGGGCGGAGGGAGGGGGCUCUUUGGAUCUAUCAACAGACUGCCAUCGCUUCCCCCUGCCCACGCUGCUCACUCUCGCCGCCUGCCACUCACUCGUCUUUGUCGACAAUAAGUUGGUGGGGGACCCGUUGGAGAAGGCAGCGUUGACUGGCGUUGACUGGGGCUUCUCUGCAGAAGAAAAAGCACACUCUAGAAAGGGGCAACACCACGAGGCGAGCAUAAUAUGCCGGCACCACUUUGCAUCGCACCUCAAGCGCAUGGCAGUGAUUGCGCGAGUAGACAGCGAUCCCGGCUUCAUGGUUCUCGUCAAGGGCGCCCCUGAGACGAUAAUGGAGCGGUUGGGAGAGGUGCCAAUGGGGUACAGUGCGGCGUACAAGCAGUUCACUCGCCAGGGGGCGCGCGUGCUCGCCCUGGCCUACAAGCAACUGCCUGACAUGACGGUGACAGAGGCGAGGGCUUUGGAGCGUGAUGAUGUGGAGAGUGGACUCACAUUCGCUGGUUUUGCGGUCUUCGCAUGCCCCAUUCGCCCUGACUCGGCCGCCGUGUUGGCAGAGCUGCGCCAUUCUUCCCACGACUUGGUGAUGAUCACAGGAGAUCAAGCACUGACAGCGUGCCACGUGGCAGGGGAGGUGAACAUAGUGACUCGCCCUGUGCUCGUGCUCGUGCCCGCUGCUGACGGGGGAUUCAACUGGCUCUCGCCGGAUGAAGUCACCUGCAUGCCCUACAG